AUGACGACCUCCAGUAUCGAAUUGGCUGGUGUCGAAGAGGAAGUGUCCUGUGUGAAUGAAGCUGUCUGGUUUGCGGCCGGCUUUCUUUUGUUUCGAUUGGCUCUACGCUACAACCUCUUACCUUCAAAAAUUGAGCUGUGGACCCCGCAGACUAUCAAAAACAAGGGUACGAAGGGCGGCAAGUCGCCAAACUCAGCUUCAAAGCGUUGCGUCGCUACGCAAGAGAUCUGCAAUUGCAGUGAAGCCGGUGACAAGAAGGCAGUCCUUGCAAAAUGGAAGCACCUCAAGAAGGAUCAGGCCACAGCUGUACAGCUUCCAGGCUUGGAAGCAGUUGCUGAGGCAUUGGCCCUGCACGAGCCCAGCCUCUUGGCUGACGAGCUUACGCACUACCUCACCCUGCAUCCCCUGCUCGCCCGCCCCUCGAACGUCCAUGGCCUCGUGGCCGUGAUCUUGAAGACAGGCCAGCCGGAACUGGCCCAGGCUUUCGUCGAACAGCUCGAGGCAGAGAAGAUGCACUUGGCCGUGGCCACCAAGGUCCACGACCAGAUCCUGGGCUGUCUUGCAGCCAAGGGCCUGUACGCCAAAGUCAGCAAGCUCCUUGCAAGGAAGGAGCCCGACUCUGAGACUUGGAUCUCUGGCUCAAACGCCGCAAUUCGAGGUUUUCUCCAGGGAGGCCAUCUAAAGCUGGCGAUCAAGUUUGCGCAGGAAUUGCAGGAGCAGGGUUGCGCCAUCAGUCCAGCAGCCGCGGCCGCAAUUCUUGACACAUCUUGCAGCAAGAAGGAGUUCUCGAUUGCAAAGGUAUUGGACAUGCUGGCAGGUGUUCGGCUCCCCAUGGAGUGUGCAGCCGCUGUCAUGUCAACAUGUUUGAAGAUGGACGAUCCUGCCACGGCGCGAAAGCUGGAAGCUCGACUGAGAGCACAAGGGCAGGUCCCAUUUGCAGUGUUGGAGCCACUUCUCAAGCUUGCGGCGAAGCAUGACGAGGAAUGGGCCCAGUCAUUGCUGCAGGAGUCGACCCAACAGAACAUGUACCUGUCAGAGGGUCUUUGCGGCCUGGUUCUUUCUCGGUGUGGUGAAGCUCGUCACAUUCAGCUUGCGGAGGCGAUACAGCAGUACCUCCGUGAACGGAAAAUGACCAGCUUGGCCACCUACAAGACCUUGAUGAAGGUCUAUGCAACGUGCGACCUCUUGGACCGCGCAUGUGACCUCUACGAUGAUAUCUUGGCCGAUGGCAUCUCACCUGACAGUGUCAUGUACGGCUGCUUGGCCAAGUUUGCCGCCAAGUGUGGCCGCGACGGCUUGUCAGACCGCCUUUUCAGUGCAGCCUCGGACAAGCCACAGGGUGGCGAUGUGCAGAACUACAUGUGGCUGAUACGUUCGGCAGGACAGAGGCACGAUGUUCAGCGGGCCAUCAAUCUGCUCCGCCAGUUGCAAAAUCAGAAGGCCGUGGUUGCGGAUGCUGCCAUCUACAAUUGUGUCCUUGACGUAUGCAUGUCCAAUGGGGCAACGGUGCAAGCAGACGAAAUCUUUCAGGAGAUGCUGCAAAAGAAGCUUGUCACGCUAAUCACUUACAACACGCUCAUGAAGGGACAUGCCGCGAAGGGUGACCUGAUCCGGGCACGCCAGCUGAUGCAGGACAUGCAGGAGGCUGGUCUGAAGCCCAACUCUGCGUCGUUCAAUUGCCUGCUCAGUACCGCCGUGACUGGAGGCAACUACAACGAGGCCUGGUCUAUCUUCGAAAGCAUGCGAAAAUGCGGCGUCGAGGCAGACAGCUUCACACUCUGCAUCCUGAUGAAAAUUGUGCGCAAAGCCAACCGCCGAGAUGCUCAGAGGGCGCUGAGCGUGCUGGAUGCUUCACAGGUGGACAUUUGCAAGGAUGAGGUCCUCCUUAACACCGUAUUGGAUGCCUGCAUACAUCUCAAGGACACCAGGCGGCUUUCUUGGAUUCUGCGUGACUUUGAAGCAGCCACGCUGCUGCCCACUGUGCAGAACUACGGCCUCAUCAUCAAGGCUUACGCCUGCCUCAAGCAGACGAGAAAGUGCUGGGCCAGCUGGCAUGAGAUGACAGACAAGAGCCAGCGAGGCCUGGUGCCGUCGGAUGUGGCGCUCAGCUGCAUGCUGGACAGCAUUGUGAGCGCUGGCCAGGUGGAGGAUGCUGUUACCUUGUUUGAGCAAUGGCGCAGCGUGGUCCCUCCAAAUACGAUCAUCUACUCGAACAUCAUCAAAGGCUUUGCUGCACAGGGAGAUGCUGACCGGGCGCUGGACAUGUACCGCCAAUUGCGAGCAGAAGGAUUGAAAAUGAAUUUGGUGGCAUAUUCCACCCUCAUCGAUGCCCAGGCACGAGCCGGAAAGAUUGAUAAGGCACAUGCCCUUCUACGGGAAAUGCGAGAGGAUGGUGUGGAACCCAACACCAUCACGUACUCAUCGCUGGUGAAGGGGCACUGCAAGGAAGGUGACCUGGACGGCGCCCUUACAGUCUUCGAGCAAAUGGUGGCAAGCGGAGUACUCCCUGACACGGUCAUGUACAACACCUUGCUUGAUGGCUCCGUUCGUGCUUGUCGCUUUAGCCUGUGUGAUCAGCUGUUGAAAGAGAUGGAGCAAUCUGGCGCAGAGCCAUCCAACUUUACUUUGUCCAUUGUGGUAAAGAUGUGGGGCAAGCGCAAGAAGUUGGACAAGGCAUUUGAAGCAGUGCGCUCGCAUGCGAAGGCACAGGCGUUACAGCUUGACUCCAAGCUCUGCACUUGUCUGAUUAGCGCCUGCUUCCACAACGGGGCACCCAAGCGGGCUCUCGAGGCACUUGAGGAGAUGAAGUCUUGGCCCAAUUGCGACGGCCCGGAUGCUGGAACUUACGAGCAGCUCAUUGAACAGCUCGUGAAGGCGCGGCUUGUCCCGGAGGCCGCUGUGGUAGCGAAGGAAGCUGUGGCAUUGGCAUGUGGCCCGCGCUGGAGCAUCAAACCGCUGAAUACCACUGUGCUGCGGGUUUUGCAGCGCGGCCUGGAGCAGAGCGGGAAUGCAAAGCUUUGGAGCUCAUUGAAGGAUCAGCUGCAAAGGGCCCGGCUGCCCACUCCAUGA